UUAAAAAAGUGGGAAUGAUAAUUAUUCAUCCUUCAUACAUUUCAUUUCUGAAAAAAACACACACAGCUGUGUGUAUUUGUGUGUGCAUAUAAAUGAUGAUUUUAUGAGCUUUCAAGGGGUUAGAUUGUGUCAAAAUUGAAUCUUUUGGUGAGUUGCAGACACCCACUAAGCACUUAUUGAAGUUAAAUACAUGUAUGAGACAGCUUGCACUAUGUGUAAUGUGCUUAUUUAGGUGAUCUGAAUCUGCUUAUAUUUUCUUUUGGUGCUUAAAGAUUGAAUCUUUAUGUGACAUCUUGAAUUGGGUUUGUGUUAUUUGUGUGAUAUUUUGUGGGUUUUUGAGAAAACGGUUGGUGGGUGUUUCUUGAAGUCAAAAGUUGCUGCUUUUUGAUGUUUAGGCUUGUUUUGGGCUUGUUUGAGGGGUGGUGGAGGGGAGUUUGAUCUUUUUUGAGGUGAUUUUUGAGCUGGGGUUUCGAUUUUGCUUGUCGAAUCAAGGAGGAUAUUCUUGGAAGUGAAGGGCUUGUAGGUGAUUUUGGGCUUUGGGUUUUUUUUUGAUGAUAUCAGGAUUUGAUCACAAGAGUUCUUGACAAAUGGGAUUGAGUGGUGGUGAUGGUGUUAAGGUAGAGACUAGUGAAGUGGGGAAAUUGAAGGAUCGAAAGAAGGAUAAAGGGAGUGAUGUUGAAGAUAUUGGAUGUUGGACUAAGUUGAGGUUCAUUGGCAGUUGUAUUUCAUCAAGAUCUAAAGUUGAUAAUUCUAUCAGUGGCAUUACUACUAAUUGCGAAAGUAAAUCCAUAAAUGAGACCACCAAAGACCAACCACCACCAGUAAUCUCAUCAACUACAACUAGUAUCGCAGAAAGUAAUUCAUCCACUUCAAAACUUGAAGAUGAACUUAAAGUUUCUUCUCGACUUCUUAAGUUUGCUUUUAAUGAUCUUAAGACGGCAACAAGAAAUUUUAGACCAGAGAGUCUUCUUGGUGAAGGUGGUUUUGGAUGCGUUUUCAAGGGCUGGAUUGAGGAGAACGGUACUGCGCCAGUGAAACCAGGUACCGGGCUCACUGUCGCUGUAAAAACCCUCAACCAUGAUGGACUUCAGGGUCACAAAGAAUGGGUGGCUGAAGUAAAUUUUCUUGGCGAUCUCAUUCAUCCAAACUUGGUGAAGCUAAUUGGUUAUUGCAUUGAAGAUGAUCAGCGGCUGCUGGUAUAUGAAUUUAUGCCACGGGGAAGCUUAGAAAACCACCUCUUCCGGAGAGCGUUGCCUCUUCCAUGGUCUAUCAGGAUGAAAAUUGCUCUUGGUGCUGCAAAAGGUCUUGCUUUUCUUCAUGAGGAAGCAGCAAAGACAGUUAUUUAUCGCGAUUUCAAAACUUCAAACAUUCUACUAGAUGCAGAAUACAAUGCUAAGCUUUCUGAUUUUGGUCUUGCCAAAGAUGGUCCAGAGGGUGAUAAAACUCAUGUAUCGACCCGCGUGAUGGGAACAUAUGGUUAUGCAGCUCCAGAGUAUGUGAUGACAGGACAUCUCACAUCAAGAAGUGAUGUAUACAGCUUUGGGGUGGUUCUACUUGAAAUUCUGACUGGUAGAAGAUCAAUGGACAAGAACCGUCCAAAUGGUGAACAUAAUCUUGUGGAAUGGGCACGGCCUCAUCUAGGAGAGAGGAGAAGAUUUUACAAGUUGAUAGACCCUCGCCUUGAAGGUCAUUUCUCGAUAAAAGGUGCACAAAAAGCUGCACAUUUGGCUGCUCGGUGCCUUAGCCGGGACCCAAAAGUCAGGCCUUUAAUGAGUGAAGUUGUUGAAAUCAUGAAGCCUCUACCAAACCUUAAAGACAUGGCUAGCUCAUCAUACUACUUUCAGACCGUCCAAGCCGACCGAACUGGAUCGAGCCCAAAUACCAGAAAUGGGUCGAAUGGCGUUAGAACACCGGCAGGAUCAUUUUCAAGAAAUGGCCAGCAGCACCCAAGGAGCCUCUCAAUACCUAACGGUUCUCAUGCUUCUCCCUAUCAUCAUCAGUUCCCGUCGCCAAAACCUCAAGGUAAACCGUAGCUAGCAUUUGGUUGGGGAAUAUCUGCUUCUUCUCCACUUGCACUGUACUAUUUUUCUUUCUCGGUUAUAAGAUAUAUAUUUUGUCGGCCCAUUUGCAAAGAAUCGGAGGAAUGCUUGAAGAUGUUGAUGCUAGAUCUAGAGUAACCACUCCUAUCUAGUGAAGGAGAUUGUAAUGGAAGAGGAACUGAAGGUCACUGAAGUAAUUUAUUUUGUUUGAAAAGAUUACCUCUUUGUAUCUAA